CCCCACAGCAGCGCUGGUUGUGGGUCAAAGACGAAUUCCUUAUAAAACCUUGUCUUGUUAAGUAUUGAUGAGUCACGGUAAUAUGACAACGGCUCAGAAGUUAAGACCAACGAAGCAGGAGACGUCUGAGUGGACGAGCCUGUUUCCGAAUGAAAUCGAGUGUCAGACGCAGUCCCUGGUGUUUGUCAAGAGAAUGAUGGUUGUGGCUUUAUCGUCUAUCACCUACCUCCGCGGAAUAUUCCCCGAGCACGCAUACAGAUCGCGUUACCUGGAAGGUUUGUGCAUUAAAGUCUUACGAGAGAAUAGCACCUCCACUGGAGCUUGUAAACUUGUUAAAUGGAUAAUGGGAUGCUUUGAUGCACUAGAAAAAGGAUACCUACAAAUCCUCUUUAUUGGAGUACACAGAAAUCCAGAUGACCCAAAUAGUAUUAUUGAGUCUUACCAGUUUAAGAUAAAAUACACACCGGAAGGGCCACAAAUGGACAUACUGAGCAACAAGAACACUGAAGUGCAGAUAACCAUGGAAGACACAAAGAAAGCAUCAGUCCUCCUUAUUCGCAAGCUGUUUCUCCUCAUGCAGAAUCUGGACAUGCUCCCGGACAAUGUAUCCCUCACAAUGAAGCUAUAUUAUUAUGACGAUGUGACUCCUGCAGACUAUCAGCCCCCUGGCUUCAAAGAGGGGGAGUGUGACAGUCUGUGGUUUGAGGGGAGAUUUGUCAAUCUCAAAAUGGGAGAACUGCAGACCCCAUUUCAUGUGCUGAAGGUGCGGGUCGCUGCAGAGCAUGGAAAAGUAGCCCAGAUUCAGAGAGAGAAUAUCCUUGAUGAACCCAUUCAAGUUUCAGAGAAAAGAAGGCAAGCAGAACAGGACACUGCUUUGUGUAGAGAAGAACAAUCAACAGAGGAUGACUCUGCAGACUUCAAACAACCACGCAAGACUGUAAGAAAGAAGAAAACAACAACUGAGAUGACCAAGAAGAAGCUGAGGAAAAGAGAAGAGUAGAAGGAGCUUUUACAUUUGUUUAGCAGGAGGUCAUUAAUUAGACGACAAAGGCAUGAACAUUUGUCAGUUUAGGAAUUUAAAGAUUGUAUUUUUUUUUUUGCCUACAGAGCUAUGUUUUAGUAUUCACUGAAGUCAGUCAAUGGAUAUGAUGCUGUAUUUUAUAACUCACUUUCCAGAUACUUUUACUUAAACCAGGCUAAAAUAAUCACAACAAAUGACCAACAACUACACGAGAAUAGACGAUGAUCUGAAUUACAUAUUCAAAAAGUGAGUUUAUUUUAUUAAUAUUGAGUUGUAACACUAAGGUUUUUGUGCCAUAGAAUAUGUAAACUCAGCUGUUGUAUACAAAUAGCUUCUCAAUAUAGUGGAAGAUAAACAUGGUUUGAAAUGUGUACUGUAUGUCUAAAAAAUAUCCUGUUCAUGAUUGUUGUUAUUUUGUUCUUGUUUACUUUAAA